CCGGGCGGAGGGGCCGCCAUGGGCGACGACAUGGACCACAUCCCCGAGCGGGAGAUGAAGGAUUUUCAAUUCAGAGCCCUGAAGAAAGUCCGGAUCUUUGAUGCUCCAGAUGAGCUCCCUAAAGAUCGUUCCAGUCUUCUUGCCGUGUCAAACAAGUAUGGAUUAGUCUUUGCUGGCUAUGCAACUGAGGUGCGGAUCUUUCAGACAAAAGACCUGCUCCUGCAGAACGAAGCAGGGGAGUCUCCCAAUGAAAUUGUGGAGAAUGUCCAGAAUGUUCUUGUUCCAAUGAAGUUCCCAGUGCAUCACUUAGCGCUCAGUUGCGAUAAUCUCAUGAUUUCUGUCUGCAUGGCCUCCAGUGACUGCGGGUCCUUCAUUGGCUUUUUCGAUGUCCGUACCUUUGCUAACCAGGCUAAGCAGCAGAAGCGUCCCAUCGCUUUUCAUAAGCUGCCCAAAGAAGCAGGCAACAUGGCGCUGGUCAGCGACCUGAAGUGGAACCCCGCGAACCCUUGCAUGCUGGCCCUCUGCGUCUCCGAUGGAAGCGUCUCCGUCCUGCAGGUCACUGACACCGUCAAGGUGCACGCCACUCUUCCUGCCUCGGUGGGCGCGACUUCAGUGUGCUGGAGCCCCAAAGGGAAGCAGCUGGCCGUGGGCAAACUGAAUGGCACCGUGGUCCAGUAUCUGCCUAACCUGCAGGAGAAGAAAACCAUUCCCUGCCCACCAUUCUACAAGGCUGAUAAUCCUGCUAAAGUCCUGGAUGUGUUCUGGGUUGGCACUUAUGUCUUCACGAUUGUAUAUGCGGCUGCAGAUGGGACCUUGGAAACUCCCCCUGAACUAGUGAUGGCUGUGCUUCCGAAAAAGGAAGAGAAACGACCAGAGAGGUUUGUCAACUUCAUGGAACCCUGUUACAGCAACUGCAACGAGAGGCAGCAUCACUACUUCCUUAACUACGUUGAGGACUGGGAUCUAGUCCUAGCCGCUUCCGCCGCUUCCACAGAAGUCAGUAUCCUCUCAAGACAAGGAGACCAGAACAACUGGGAGAUGUGGGUUCUGGAAGACUCCAGCCGGGCAGAGCUUCCUGUAACGGACAAGAGCGAUGACACCUUGCCCGUGGGCGUGGGCGUAGAUUACACCAGCAACACACCCAUAACCAUUAGUGAGGAGAAGACCGUGGGCCCAGCUCCAGUCCUGCUGCUGCUCUCGACCGACGGUGUGCUGUGCCCUUUUUAUAUGGUCAAUCAGAACCCUGGCGUGAGGUCGCUCAUCGUGACACCGGAGCCUCUGCCCACAGAAGGGGACAGGACGCCAAAAUUGCCAGGAAGUACUGCUCCUUCAUCGGCAACUCCUUUUUCCCCUUCCAAGGUCGAAACCGUCCCAGCAGGAGCUGUUGUCCUUACCCCAGCUCUGUCUUCGGUGACUGGCAGUGGGGUGCCCGCUUCCUCUUUUGUGUCCUCGGCUUUAAAACCAACCGGGCCAGCUCCUGCUGCCCCCCUGCAGUACGCCUUCCCAUCAGAGGCCUCCAAGCCUGCCUCUUGUCCCAGCCUGAGUGGAGCCGCUGGGUUCUCCUUCUCAUCUGCGUCCUCCACCAAAGCAGCCUCAAAUCCACUCUCUUCAGCCAGCCUGGCUCCAGCCUCUGCCAGCUCUUUCUCUUUUGGCUCUGGGUCUUUUAAAACUGGUGCAGAUGGCUCAACUGGGCCUCCGUCCUCUGCCUCCCCUGUUGGGCUGAAGCAAAGCUUUUGCUCUGCAGCUUCCUCCGUCAAGGUCAAUCUCAGUGAGAAGUUCACAGCUGUGGAAUCUUCCACACCCUCUGCCGGCAGCGGCCAAGGCUCCCCCAUGUUCUCCUUCACCCCGAAGCUCGUCGGGCCCGUCAGCCAGUCCACCCCCCUCUCUGCCGCUCCUGCCUCUUCAGCCAAGGCUUCGCCUCCCACGUCUUCAGCAGCAGCACGUCCCGCUCAGGGUGCUUCGGCCGUUCCUGGGCUCCAGAAAUCAGCCAAGAUUUCUCCGUCUGUGUCAAAAUCAAGCUCUUCACAGGGCCGCUCAACAGCUAGCAGUACCGGGAUGGAGAAGCAAGUUCAUCAGUGGAAGGAUUCGGAUCCCGUCAUUGCAGGGAUAAGGGAAGAGAUAGCACAUUUCCAGAAGGAGAUGGAAGAACUGAAAAGCAGGACCGCCAAAGCCUCUUUCCAGGUGGGCUCUGACGAGGAGAAGAAGAUGCUGAAGACGGACUCAAACGACCUCCACACCUUCAUCUUGGAGAUCAAGGAGACCACGGAGUCCCUUCAUGGAGACAUCAGCCUCCUGAAGACGAGCCUCCUGGAGGGCUUUGCAGGUCUGGAGGAGGCAAGAGAGAAAGACGAGCGAACCCACAACUCCGAGUACUUGCAUCUGCUGUAUAAGAAGCCGCUGGAUCCAAAGAGCGAAGCCCAGCUUCAGGAAAUUCGACGCUUGCAUCAGUACGUGAAGUUUGCUGUUCAGGAUGUGAACGAUGUUCUGGAUUUGGAAUGGGACCGGCAUCUGGAACAGCAAAAACAGCAAAGACGCCUAAUGGUGCCGGAGAGAGAGACUUUGUUCAACACCCUCACUAAUAAUCGAGAGAUAAUUAACCAGCAGAGGAAACGGCUGACGAACCUGGUGGACAGCCUGCAGCAGCUUCGCUUGUACAAGCAGACCUCUCCGUGGGGCCUCUCUCGUGACUCCUCCACCCGCAGCAGCGUCCAGGGCCUUGACAGCGAACUUGAGAGCUUGGGUAACGCCUUGAUGAAAUUUACCAUGGAAUCGUGCCCCAAGAGUCAGUCCAAAGCACCCGCAAAACUGUCCCCCGUGAAGCAGGCACAGCUACGGAAUUUCCUAUCCAAACGGAAGAUGCCGCCCAUCAGGUCGACAGCCCCAGCCAAUCUUUCCCAGUCAGCUUUCCUGUGCUCAAGAUAUGACGAAGACUUGGACGAUGUUAGCUCCACAUCCUCCGUUUCCCAGGUCCUGGAGAAUGAGGAUUCCCAGGCUGCGGAGAAAGAGGAAGAGUUGGCUGUCCCGAUCUCGAUGCCCCGCCACCCGCCCGUCGUCCGGACUCCUUCCGUUCAGCCUGGCCUCCUGCCACAGCACUUAGCUGUCAGCAAAGCCCACAUUCCAAUGAACGCUUUGACAUCCACCCCCAAAAUCGCACCCCAAGGGGCAGACAGCACCAUGCUGGCCACGAAGACUGUGAAGCACGGCGCCCCCGCUCCCUCCGCCACCAUCCCUGCCCCUCAGGCAGCGGCAGAAGCGGCUAUGCGGAGACAGAUGGCGAACCAGAAUCCAGCUGUGAGCGCUUCCUUAACGGAGUCUACCUUGAAGAAUGUCCCCCAGGUGGUGAACGUGCGAGAACUGAAAAAUAACACCUCCCCCCCUGCCGUCGCAACAGUAACAGGAUCGUCAGUUCCUCAAUCUGCAGCUCAAGCCGCACACCAGGUUCUGACCGCAACCGCUGCAAAUCAAGCCAGCCAGGUUCCUCUGGCGGGUUCCCUCGCGAUGCAGCCUCCACCCACCUCCGCGUCCUUACCGGGUGUCGUCAGCACAUCCACCAGCCAGACCACUUCAGGCAAAAAGAACUCAGGCCAAGGGACAACGAAGACCGCUGCAUCCGUCACUUCAUCUGCUGGGGCUCCAGCCCCACCAACUGCUUCCCAGUUCAGCAAGGCGUUUGCAUUUCACUCCUCAGGGCCUGGUUUUAACUUUGGUGCCGUUCCCUCGAACCCUGCAACGCCCGGCUCUGCUUCUUCACAAGCAGCGGCCACCCCUGCGAAAGAGCCGAGCCAGCCUGAUGCAUUUCCCCUUGGUGGGAAUGCUAAAUUUGGAGUUCCAGAGAGCCCAUUUACUUUGGGGUCCACAAAACCGUCUAGCCUUUUGGGAGCCCCCGUGACGAGCAGCGGCUCCGGAGAUCCCAGCCCGGCAAACGGCCAAGCGGUCCCAGCCGCCGCUUCUGUCCCCUCUGCCGCCUCCACCAAGUCGGAGAGCCUUCCGUUGAAGCCCGGAGACCCCCUGUUCCAAGGCACUGCGGCUGGGGAGACUCUCGGGAGCUUCUCCGGCCUGAGGGUGGGCCAAGCCGACGAGAACGCCAAGGCUGCCGCCGCCGCCAAACCUCCCUGUGGCACCACAGCAGGCGGACAGCAGCCGAAAGCAACCGCGGCGCCCUCCGGGUUCGCUCUUGGAACCUCUCCACAAGUCGGCAAACCAGCGGAGGCCGCUACGACCGCGGUCACAACCGCCAGCCCAGCAGCAGCAGCAGUCGGCGCGGGCACCAUCUUUGGCAGUGUCCAGCUGGUCAGCACGGGGGCUCCUGGUGUCUUCAGCAUGGGAGCAUCAUCGGGCGGCGGCAAGCCGACUUUUGCGUUCGGCAUUUGCAUUCCACCAGCAAAUGCCCCAGCAGCGUCGUCCGCUGCCUCGGCGGUCCCUCCAGCAUCAUCAGCCCUCUCGUUUGAAAGUCUGUUGAGUUCAGCAGCAACGGCUGCCGCUUCUGCACCGCCUGGUAAAGGAGAGGCAGAUGCCAAAACCGCCCCAGCCCCUGAAAAGCCAUCUCCAAGCCCCGCAGCCCCGCCUGUACCAGCACAGACGCCGGGACAGACCCCAGAGGUCCCUCAAGAGCCACCGUCUCCAGGAGAGGAAGACUCCGUCAGCCUUGGCUCUUCUUCAGCAGCACUUGCCAGAGACACAGUUCCCUCCCCAACUUCCCACCCCGAGGUGCCUUCGCCAGUCUCCACUUUGGACCAGCACGCUUUGGUGACCUCCGCCCCAGCAAACGUAGCCUCGCCACCGGCAGAGGCAGCCAGCACGCCCCCCGCGUCCCUCCAGGCACCAACCACUGGCUCCCUGGCAUUCACCGUUGCUUCCUCGAGCCCUUCUGUGUUCGUACAGCCCCCCGUUUCCAGUUCUUCUUCUAGCUCCGCAUUCAGUCAGCCCGCAACAGAUGCUGGGGCUACCCCUGCCGCCACCCCCGUCUUCGGCCAGCUCUCUGCAGCGACUGCAGCAUCUACUCUGUUUGGCCAACCGGUUCCCAUGCCGACCUCCACUGCCACCACCCAGGGAGCAGGCACCGGGUUUAACACGUCCGCUUUCGCCGCGGCAAGUACCGGCGGCUUUAGCCAGCCAGCUUUUGGACAAGCCCCAGCCUUUGGCCAGCCGGCAAACACGUCGAGCGGCUUCACUUUCAGCCAGACGGCCUUUGGCUCAACUCCCGCUUUUGGCCAGGCCGCUUCGUCCACCGCCUCAGCUUCCGGCAGCGGGCACGUUUUUGGUGUGCCAUCCAGCACCAACACCACCAGUUCCUUCUCUUUCGGGCAGCCCUCUGCCACCACCGGGGGUGGGCUCUUUGGCCAAAGCAGCACCCCGGCUUUUGGACAGAGUUCCGGCUUCAGCCAGGGGGGAUCUGUGUUUGGAAGCACAGCUGCAACCACGCCAACCUCUUCUGCUGGAUUCAGCUUCUGCCAACCGUCAGUGUUUGGUUCCAGCAGUACGGGUUCUGUGUUCGGGCAGGCAGCCAACACCAGCGGCAACCUCUUUGGCCAGCAGCCCUCUCCCAGCGGGGGCCUCUUUGGUUCCAGCAGCGGGGGGAGAGGCGUCGCCUUCUUCAGCGGCCUAGGAGGAAAGCCAAGCCAGGAUGCGGCAAAUAAAAAUCCAUUCAGCUCCACUGGCACGGGAUUUGGAUCUUCAGCCACCCAGAAUACAUCGAGUCUUUUUGGAAACAGCGGAGCCAAGACCUUUGGGUUUGGCACCUCCACCGCCACCGCCUCCUUUGGCGAGCAGAAGCAGGCGGGCACGUUCAGUUCCGGCGGAGGGAGCGUGGCGUCUCAGGGCUUCGGGUUCUCCAGCCCAACCAAAGCAGGUGGCUUCGGAGCUGCUCCAGUGUUCGGCAGCCCUCCCACUUUCGGGGGGUCCCCUGGAUUUGGAGGGGUGCCAGCAUUCGGUUCAGCCCCAGCCUUUUCAAGCCCUCUGGGCUCGACGGGAGGCAAAGUCUUCGGCGAGGGGACAGCAGCCGCCAACACCGGAGGAUUUGGUUUUGGUGGCACAGCAAACACUGCAUCCUUUGGCACGUUGGCCAAUCAAAACACCCCCACUUUUGGAUCCCUGUCCCAGCAAUCUACUGGGUUUGGCACUCAGGGCAGUGGAUUCGCCGGCUUUGGAUCCAGUGGAGGAGGCUUUGGCUUUGGAUCAUCGAACGCGUCAGCCUCCGGGUUCAGCGGCUGGAGGAGCUGAGGAGGAGCCGAGCCGUUUCGCCCCAUCGUUGGACGGACUGUUCACAGCGCAGCAGCGGUAUCGGUUGCAGUGAAACGA